AAGGCCGCGGCACAUCCGAGGCAAGUAGAACGGGGAAGAAUGGAACAGUGAAAGCAGAAUUGUCCUUCGAGAAGAGCAGCAAGAGAGAGAGAAAAACAACAAGUAGAAUCAUAAAGAGAGAAAUAAGAGGAAAAAAACGAAGAUAAGAGAAGAGAAGAGGAGAAGAGGGCCGAGGAACAGAGAAAAGAGGAACGCUGUGCUUACUGCAGUUCCCUUGACUCGUCUUCCUCUCACCGAGUGCGCGGCGACGCUGCCGAAGGAGAGGUGACCACCGCCCACCCCCGCGGCCGCCGCCCCUGACCUCGCGCGCGCGGCGCCUCACGCUCGCUCUCCUCGGCCGCGGCAGGUCCUGCCGGGAGGCGGCGCUGAAAUGCUCAAAUGGCUGAGGCGAGGGCCGCCAGCCGCGCAGGGGGACGCCGAGGGCUUCGUCAUGAGCGAGCGGCCCGCCGACGCCUCUCUCCCGCAGGAGGAAGAGACAACGCCCAACGGAAGGCAGCGGCACGAGGACGAGGCCGCCCCACGGAGGGCGACCUCCAGCGAGGACGACCGGCAGGCGAGCCCGGACGCCGCGCACCAGGUGCUGGCGGCGCUGACGUCCGCCUUCGUCCACCUUGGGAUCGGCAGUGUCCUGGGCUUCUCCGGCGUGACCUUGCCCGAGCUGACUAACCCGCUGUCUCCUGACCUGUUCCUGAACACCUCCCAGGCUGCCCUCUUUAGCAGCGUGGUUAACCUGGGCGCGGCGGUCGGUUCGACGGCCGCGGGGGCGCCGCAGGUGUGGCUGGGCCAGAGGGUGAUGCUGCUCUUGACGCUGCCGGUGUCCCUGGCGGCCUGGCUGCUCAUGGCUGCUGCGCCCAAGGCCUGGAUGGUGAUUGCUGCUCGCGCCCUGCAGGGCCUCACGAUGGGCUUCCUGGCCGGGUCCUCCAACAACUACGUCGUGGAAUUGGCUCACACGAAGUUCCGAGGUCUUCUGAUGGCCAUGCUCGACGUGUCACGCCAGCUCGGCUACCUGCUCGUGUAUGCCACGGGCAGCACCUCCCUCAGCUGGCGGCAAGUGGCGCGAGUGUGCGGCGUGGUGACGCACCUGUUGCCCCUGCUCGGCCUCCUCUGCCUUCCGAACUCCCCGCGCUGGCUGGCCGCGCAGGGGCGGCUCGGCGAGGCGCGGGUUGCCCUCAAGUUCUUCCGCGGCCGGCACUACAAUUGCGACCAAGAAAUGGCGGACAUCGCCCAGACAAGGGAGGAAGGGCGGUGCAGCCCGAGAAGCCAGCUGCAGGAGAUGAAGAAUCCUGAAAUCCUCUGCAGGAUUGUACUGCUCGCCCUCCUGCUCUUCAUCUCUAACUUCACCGGGAACUUCGUCGUCAGCGCCUACGUGGUUCCGAUCUUCGAGGCAGCGGAGGUGGUGGCCAGCCCCUACGCGGCCGCCGUCAUCAUCGGCUGCGUGCGAGUCGUCGGGACGCUGUUCUACCUGGCCGUGGUGGACCGCGCCGACCGCAAGGUCCUGCUGGUGUCUUCGACGCUCGUCUGCGCAGCGUCCAUGGCUCUCCUCGGCUCCUUCUUCUAUGACCACGAGAACUCCGACGACGUGAGUCACCAGCGGUGGCUCCCCUUGGCCUCCGUCGCCGCCUUCACGCUCGCGGCCAGCACUGCCUUCCCUGUCCUGAGCCUCUUCCGAAGCGAAAUUCUUCCCACCUCCGUCCGGGCAACGGCAGUCGCCUUCCUUUACUCCGUGUUCUUCAUUGGCGCCUUUUCCGCUUCCCAGUCCUAUCCCGGCGCCACCUUGGUCCUCGGCCACCAUGGAACCUUCUGGGCGUACAGCGCCUUCUCUGUCCUCGUGGCGGCAGUGGGCGGGCUCGCCCUCCCGGAGACACGAGGCCAAAGUCUCGAGCAGAUCAACGGCUUUCAGAACCAACGACUGCGAAACCAGGCGAACGGCGACGCCUCCUGCUGACGAGCCGCGACUGAGCAGGUUCUCCCGAAGCGACCGAGACGGGAAAGGGAUUUCACUGCCUCGUGUUUCUAUCCGUGUAAAAAGCGUGAUUUUCUUCGAUAUUUUGAAUGAUUGUGUAAAGUCAAAAUACUAUAUACAAAUCUUAAAUAUAAGAUUUUACUAUUAGUAUUUCCUGUUAGUUUGACUAACAUCUGACGUUUUAUGACACUCAUUCACGACACAGCUGUCGUCCAUGAAGGAUAAGGUGCCGGGCAAGAGGAGCAUCACGGUCCGCAGUGAAAACAGACCACGUGUUCUUGCCCUUUGUAAAAAUAAAUAAACAGAUAAAUGAAAAAGAACUUUAAAGAAAAAUCGUACCUGGUAGCUUCCUUUUUCAUAAUAGGAUUAAAAUAUGCUUGAAACUAUAACAAAAAUGUUCAUGGGGUUAUAUAAGGAUCUUCUGGUCCGAAUGUAUAAGCUGCUCCUUCCUUCUUGCUUUUGGACAGGAACAAAACGAAGAAAAUGGUUCGAAAUGUACUGCAAAAUCCCCUUUUAAUUUGUGCCAAAAUUCUUGAUUGCAAAAAAUAGUGCAAAAUUUGUUAUGAGAUAAGGUAUGCAGUAUUCUGAGAAAAUCGUAAAGAAUAUUUUUGUACGUCUUUUACGUCACAAUAAUGCACAUUUGUUCAUUCUUCAACAUG